UUAUCUUGUAUAUCUAAAUCUUUGUUUCAACUACAACUAAAUCUACAGAAAGAUGAAAUUGAAUGGGAGUGCAUUUUUUAUCUUAUUUCUGGUCAUACAAUCUUUUGCAAUUCUAACCGUUGCUAAAGACUUUGAUUUCUUUUACUUCGUUCAACAGUGGCCAGCUUCGUACUGUGACUCAAGGCGUGGUUGUUGCUAUCCAAAAACCGGGAAGCCAGCAGAAGAUUUCAGCAUCCACGGGCUUUGGCCUAAUUACAAAGAUGGCUCCUAUCCUUCUAACUGUGACUCCUCCAACCCUUUCGAUGACUCUAAGGUUGCAAAUCUUGAAAGUGUGUUACAAAAGCAAUGGCCUACACUUGCGUGCCCGAGUGGCGACGGUUUGAAAUUUUGGCGUCACGAAUGGGAAAAACACGGCACUUGUGCUGAAUCGGUUUUUGACGAGCGUGGUUACUUUGAAGCCGCCCUUUCUCUCAAGAAAAAAGCAAACCUCCUCCAUGCUCUCGAAAACGCAGGGAUUAAACCCACCGAUGGGAAAUUUCAUACAAUGGGACAAAUGAAAGAUGCAAUUACAAAGAGUGUGGGUUAUGCCCCAUUUAUAGAGUGCAAUGUUGACUCGUCAGGGUACCACCAAUUAUACCAAGUGUACCAGUGUGUCGAUGCAUCGGCUUCUAAUUUCAUCGAAUGCCCAGUUUUUCCUCAUGGGAGACCUUGUGGAAAUAAAGUUGAAUUCCCUUCGUUUUCGUCUGCUUCAAGUCAUGAUGAGCUCUGAAAUUCUUCAAAUUUCAUUGAUUCUUAUAUUGGAUUUUAUUGAUUUCGUAAUAAAUGAGAUAACUGAUUCUUGUAUAUUUCUGUUGCAAUUAUUUCAAAGGCACGUGAGUGUAAAUGUGUAAUUGUGUAUCCAACAUCAACCAAGUAGUAAUCCAAAUUACAUUAUUAUA